UUCUUCCAAUCUCCCACCCGAAACAGAAAGAUGGACGGUUGUGAUUUGCCAAUCACAGCUACACGCUGCUUCUCCUGCUAAGCAAGCAACCAACGCAAGGAAAAAGGAGCCACCGUCCGAACAAGGCGGAGGAGAAAGAGGAGAUAAUAAUAAUAAUAAUGCAGUCGGCUCCUCCUCUGCCGUCCUCCAAGGAGUCCCGUCACCUUUCCUGCAUUCGCGUCACCGCCUUCGUCGCCCUCCUCCUCCUCCUCCUUUUCCUCUCAUUCUCCUCCUCGCCCCCCUCCUCCGCCGCCUCCCCGCUCCGCUCCUCCGCCGCCGCCCCGCUCCGAUCCUCCGCCGCCGCACUCAUCUCCUCCUCACCGCCUCCCCCCUCCUUCGCCUACCUCCUCUCGGGCACCGUCGGCGACGCCGACUGCCUCCUCCGCCUCCUCCGCGCCACCUACCACCCCAGGAACCUCUACCUCCUCCACCUCGACGGCGCCGCCCCCCAGGCCCAGCGCGACCGCCUCGCCCGCGCCGUCCGCGCCGUCCCGGUCUUCCGAUCCGCCGGAAACGUCCACGUCAUUGGCAAGCCCGACUUCGCCAACCCCCGCGGCUCCUCCGCCCUCGCCGCCACCCUCCAUGCCGCCGCCAUCCUCCUCCGCCUCGGCCCUAAUUGGGACUGGUUCAUCAAUCUCCAUGCCUCCGAUUACCCUCUCGUUACCCAGGAUGAUCUUCUUCAUGUUUUUUCUUUCUUACCCAAGGAUCUCAGCUUUGUUCAGCAUUCAAGCUAUAUUGGCCGGAAAGAGUCUCGGCGACUAAAACCAAUUAUAGUUGAUUUUGGUCUUUAUCUUUCAUUAAGGACUGAAGUGUUUUAUGCUACACAGAAGCGCGAGUUGCCAAAUGCCUACAGGUUAUUUACAGGUUCUGCUUCUGUAAUCCUGAGUCGGAAAUUUGUGGAGUAUUGCAUUUUGGGUACUGACAAUUUACCGCGAGCUCUUCUUAUGUACUAUGGAAACACGCCUUCAUCACAUAUGAACUACUUCCAAACCGUUCUCUGCAACUCUCCUGAAUUCAACAUGACCGUUGUUAACCAUGAUCUACACUAUGUAAUGGGGGACAUGCCCCUAAAACCUGAACCACGUGUACUGACUACAAAUGACUUGGAGAAUAUGACUCAGAGUGGUGCAGCCUUUGGUACAAGGUUUGCCAAAGAUGAUCUUGUUCUCAACCACAUAGAUCACGAGGUCUUGAAUCGUGAUCCCAGCAAGAUGGUUCCAGGAGGCUGGUGUUUGGGUAACGGCAGUGGUGACGCAUGCAUGAUCUGGGGUAAUGCUGAUGUUUUGAGCCCAGGUCCCAGAGCCAUGAAGCUUGCAGACUUUAUGGCACUGCUGCUCUCCACUGGGACCUUACAUUCACAUCAAUGCAUAUGGGACUGAUCAUGUAAUUUAAUGCACAUCUCCUUCUAGAAAAUUUUGUUUAUUGAUUCAUGUCUUUAGGUCCCAUUGUACUAUCAUCGUAUCUUACAGUUUGGUUGAUUAAAAUGGUGUUCUGUCAGUAUCUUGUUACAUUUUCAACCAUUAUUCAGAUAUAUUUCCUUCUGCCA